CUGCUUUCUGUCUAUGGCUUGUGUGAGGUUGUGAAACGUUUCGGACGAGCCAGUACUCCCUUAACAGAAUGAAAUAAAUUUUGGAGGGGGGGUUCCUGGAAAAGCUGAAACGAGCAACGUGCUUUUUCAUUUGUUUGAAUCUAUCGAAUGUGAAUGUUCAUCUAAAUGUGACUGAUUUUUCGCGAGAAGGUAGCUACCUGGCACAACAACAAUGCAGUUCUCUCCCACCAAUGGAGAUUUUACCUUCGUCUCCUCGACUGACGGCGAAGAGCUGAGCGGCUCGAUUGAUGCCCCCGAUGUUAAACUGAACAUGGGCAGCGACCCCGGCAGGGACGCGUACGCGACCACGUUCCUGAGGCAGCGGGGCUACGGCUGGCUGCUGGAGGUGGAGGAAGACGACCCGGAAGACAACAAGCCUCUCCUAGAGGAGCUGGACAUCGACCUGAAGGACAUUUACUACAAGAUCCGGUGCGUGCUGAUGCCGAUGCCGUCCCUGGGGUUCAACCGGCAAGUGGUGCGGGACAACCCUGACUUUUGGGGGCCCUUGGCUGUGGUGCUCCUCUUCUCCAUGAUCUCCAUCUAUGGCCAGUUCAAGGUGGUGUCCUGGAUUAUCACUAUUUGGAUAUUUGGGUCCCUGACAAUCUUUCUGCUGGCACGAGUUCUUGGUGGGGAAGUUUCUUAUGGACAGGUUCUUGGAGUGAUCGGAUAUUCAUUGCUUCCACUCAUUGUCAUAGCUCCCUUACUGUUUGUAAUUGGAGCUUUUGAUGUUGUUUCCACGUUAUUAAAGCUUUUUGGAGUAUUCUGGGCUGCGUACAGUGCUGCUUCUCUGCUUGUGGGGGAUGAAUUCAAAACAAAGAAGCCACUUCUCAUAUACCCCAUUUUCCUUCUAUACAUCUACUUCCUCUCUCUUUAUACUGGGGUCUGAUUGGACAGCAGAAUGGUUUGGAACUCUGUUUGAGCAGUGGCUUUUAGAACCAAGAUGGAGGACACAAGAUGAUCCACAUCGGGAAUCCACACCGGGAAAACAAGGAAAUAUGCUUCUUUUUUUUUUUUUUACCUGGUUUCUGAUCAUGAUCAACAAGGGGUCAUAUAGUAUAUGUGAAGUCGGUGUAUUUAAAUGUAGCCAUGACCUUUGUAUUCAGUGUACUGAGAAACUCUAGGAUUUAUUUAAAAGCCCUGUUGUUCGUCUUUUUUCCCUACAUCUGGAAGUUGGAUGUCCUUUCAUUUUGCCUGGUGAUAUUUGCAGGAAAGGAGGAAUACCCUGCUAUCAUGUGGUACAUUGAUGACUAUGUGGGCGUUGGUAUAAUCAGGCAAAGCAGAAACAUGCAGCGGCCAUUUUUAUUUCUUGUUUUUACCAAGUUGUCCUCAUAUGAAACGUGUGGUGCCAAACGUUUCAGUGUGGAUUCACCCGUUGUGUACCAGGAGAAAGGAAGAAAAUGACCAGAUAACAUUGUUUAUUUGGAGGGAGAGGGGCCUGAGUACUGUAUGAAUUGUGGUAUAAGUUUCACUAUUAGUCACCUUUCUCUGAAUCCUCAUGCUAUGUUUUACUCCUAAUUUAUGAAUUCCGGCCUGGGUAGACAAUAGACAGUUGAAGUUGGAAAUAAAACAGUGUCUACUAAAUUUCGGUGCCUUUCUUUUGUUAUUUUAUACGGCUGUUAUGUCAUUGAUAUAUUACUGAUGUAUAUUUGCAUAAGAGAAAAUGAACAGAAAAAAUAAACAUUAAUCUGUAUUGUACGUAAUCCUAGAAGGCUAUAUAUAGACACAGAAGGUUUUAAAGUGCUUAUAUGUUUUCAGAAUAACAUAUGUUUGCUGAGAAGAUGGAAGACUAGAACUGCUGUAAUAUUAAUAAAAAAGCACCUUUAUUUUGUAGGGGAAUUGAAUUAGCUUUAGGCACAAAUGUGCUGUUUGUAUGCUUUGUAUUCCAGUUUGUGAACUUUAGUGUUCACCAAACCUCCCCUCCACAAUCCUGAAAAAUGGUAUGUGUAACUUUAAACCGUACUGGUAUAUUAAAAUGAUCCUAUUGAUCUGCAUGACUGUAAACCUUCUUUCUCAACCAUUGCAACCUGAUAUUUCUGGUAUUUUUCCUUUGUAAUGUUUGUAUCCUUUUGUUAGGAAAUGAUGUAAUUUAGCCAAUGUCCUUAUCCAAGGCCACAAAUGUAAUAAACAGCCAACAAUUAAGCAGCUACAUGUGGAUAAAUUAACAUAUUGCAUAUGGCAGAUUUGAAAUUGAUAAAAUAUGUCU